GUGUAGCGUGACGGGUAGCCGUAGUUUUAGCGGCAAUUUUAACGUGGAUAGCGGUAACGAUAUUGUCGCCCAACCUCCCACAACACCACCGUACCAACGAUUGACACAGGCACUGCAAAACGAUCCACGAUGUGCUCACGAGGUGGCGUUGGGGAGGCGUGUGGGCUUGUACCGAUUCUGUGGCGACAUUGGACGAGGGAAUUUCUCACGUGUCAAAUUAGCGAUUCACCAAUUAACAAAAGACAAAGUAGCUGUAAAAGUAGUAGAUAGAGGAAGAUUAGAUGCUAGGGCAUUGCGUAUGUUAAGUAGAGAAGUUAGUACAUUAGAAUGUGUACAUCAUCCGUUUAUUUUAAGACUAUUCGAAGUGGUUGAGACAUUAGGACGAGUUCAUUUAGUGACGGAAUGGAUUCGCGGCGGCGAAUUAUAUCAUCGUAUCACCCAAGGUGGACCAUUACCUGAAAUUCUCGCCGCCAAAUUGUACAGACAACUACUUUUAGCCGUCAAACAUAUGCAUAAUUUAGGUUUUGUACAUCGUGAUAUUAAAGCGGAAAAUGUCCUGCUUGUGGCGGAGGAUCGCAUCAAGUUGGCAGAUUUUGGUUUUAGCACGCAACUCGUGAACGGUCCGUGGCAACAUUUGGAUACUUUUUGCGGAUCGCCGCCAUAUGCUGCCCCCGAGCUAUUUAGUGAUGACCAUUAUAUUGGGGGUCCCGUCGAUAUUUGGGCUCUCGGUGUGCUGUUGUACUUUAUGGUUGUCGGCAAUAUGCCAUUCCGUGCGCCAACGGUGCCCGCAUUACGAUCCGCCGUACUGAAGGGCGACUAUACGCUUCCACCGCAACUUACACUACCAUGCAAUCGACUUAUACAACGAAUGCUUGUUCAUACACCUUCAAGGAGACCCACAAUUGAUCAACUGAUUGAAAGUCAAUGGUUGACGUCACCUAAUUUGUUGAAAGAGCUUCAUGACUACCAAAUGGCUCUCAACGCUCCCCGCAUCAAUCGUCGCAAGAGUUUGUGGUUUUCGUCUCGCGAUCGCAGCAUUCGUCGUUCCAGCUCCAAACGAGAUCGUCAAAACGGCAGCUGCCCCCGUCCUUGUGGACCCAUCACGUGCAGCACUAAACGCGGCGGCAGCAUCCUCGCUGAAAAUUAUUUGCAUCCAAUCGAGCAAUUUCGGGUCCAUAAUCCGAUCGAAAUUCCCACGGUGACGACAAAACGCGGACUUUUCAGUGGAAAUUUGAAGAAAAAAAUCGGGCCGAUCGAUGCGCAGCUGGAAAGUAAGCGAAAUAGCACCACAAGUAAUAGCAAUAAGAGUUUCGAUGCCAAAUCUACAGAAUUUUUGAAGGAACCAAGCACCAAUGGAACCGCCACGACAACGACGACGCAAAGUGCAUUUAGCCUCAAGACCAAAUUCGAGGACAGCGAUUUCUCGGAUGAGCAAAAGGGCUUCGUUAUGUUGCCGACACAGUCGAAGGAUGUCACGGAACUGGAUGAAAUCGAGCAAAAUGCACGGAAAAUCCUCAAUAAUUUGGGCAUUUCGGAUGAAUUGUUGUGCCAAGCCAUACCGAGUGGACCAAGAAGCGAUAUCAUUGGCGCGUAUCGCAUCAUCGUGCAUCGCUUGCAAAAACAGGCGUAUAUCGUAAAACAGGCGGAAUCCAUGGUUGUCGAAGAGCCAAUUAAGCCAAAGAAUCACAGGAAAACCUGUGUUAUACUCUAAGAAGUUUUUUCCUUCCCAUCUACUCGGAUCUAAGAAAAAAAAAUAUUUUAAAAAAAUUAAUUAAGUUAGUCCAUAAGGAAAAAAUGUGUGGAAUUUGUUACCAAAAAAACGAAAUGAAAAGAUUUGUAAAACGAGACUUUGUUCUUCGUUUCCCGCUUUAAUAGACUUUUUAACAAUAAAAAAAAAUUAAAAAUCGCCAGAAUUUCUCACGUUGAUCGUGUUUCGCUUGAUAAAAAACCUCCUCAGUGAUUUCCAAACAGCUUUACAACAUUUGCCAAAGUAAAACACCCUGAGCUCCAUGCUCACAUCCAAAAAGCUAGAAAUGUACAAAAAUACUUAGAAAUAUUUUUAAUCGAAUGCUGAAGCUUUUUAUAAAGAAAAAAAAAUAAAUAAAUAAAAAAUCUCAUUUUUAUAAUGAAUUUCUAUGGAAAAAAUUAAUGCAAAAAAGUUAUACGAGUUAAAGUUUUUCUUCAUACUCAUAGAAAUUAUUUAAUAUCAAGAAAGAGAUAGAAAAGAAGCCAAGUCAAUAAAAUAAUCGAAUUAUUUACUGUGAGAUUUGAAAAGA